AUGUGUCAAGGUGAAAACCAAUUUACAGCUUUGGAGAAAAAGUUCUACCAUUAUCGCGGCUUGAUGAUUCGUGGACUUCGCAACGACAUAGGCACAAAACAUAGGUCUACGAGCAAUUUCGUCAUUGCGGGGGUCUUGACAGUCCUUUUUGUUGAUACCAUGCAAGGGGUUUCGUAUCGAAUGUGGCGAUAUCACUUUGGAGCUAUUAGCAAGAUCAUAAAUCUACGUGGAGGUAUACAUGAAUUGGCCAAAUCUGGGGGAGGAGAGUCCAUGGUUUUCACAUACUUUCUUUUCGCUGUUAUGGGCGAUACCACAUCACCAGUAUCAGACUUAUUCAUGACACCCGAGCACUAUGAAGAGCACAAAGCUAUACUGGAUCAAUACAGCAGCGAUGUUCCACUUUUUAAAAUGUUUCCCAAGGAACUUCUAGCGCACACCUUGAAAGUUAAUCUCAUUCGCUCACAGUGGGCACAAAGUGAUCUCACAACGCCAUCAGAAUUUACGCAGGACGCCUUGAUGACACUAGAAUUCAUCCUUGAGUUUUCACCAGCUACUUGGGCCCGUAUGAAAAACGGGCUAUAUAAAGGGGACCUGUUCCUUCUCGGGACAAUCCAUCAAGCCGCUGUAACUCUAUACUGCAUCUGUUCACUGCAGAGUCUGUUCAUUUUGCCUCACACGCAUUUCCUGACUCGACUUCGUAUCGAGAUGACGGCGUCUCUUUUUGAAUCGCUGUAUAAGGCUCUUAAGUUUCAAAAAUUCCGAAAAUUGCUGUUUUGGCCAUUGAUUGUUCUCGGUAUGGCUGCUGUGGACCGCGAUGAAAACGUGCGUGCUUUUGUUCUGGAACAAUUGGGUGAGGUGAGUCGCUCUAUUGGGUUGUAUGCGCCGGUCGUCGCAAAGAAUGUUAUUCAGAGAUUUUGGGCCUCAGGGAAGAUAUUUUGGGAUGAUUGUUUUGAUGAGCCAUAUAUUUUUGUUCAUUAUGGUGGACAAGGAUUGGAUCUUAAGAAUAUGACCGCGUAA